AUUUGAUCAGCCGAUUGUCGAUGAUUAAUUUUAUGGUGCAACAACAAACUUACUGCAGAGUACGUAGUACUUUAUGGCCCAACAGCGUAUACUCCAAGAAAAGCCAUCCAAAUUGAACGCACGGGACAGUGAUCGUGCACCUACAAAACAAAGAGACGCGCCCAGAUCAAAUAAUCAUGGCGGAUGCCGCUCUCGCCGAUCACCCACCAUGCCACGUCGUGGCACUGCCGUAUCCCGGCCGCGGCCACGUCAACGCGAUGCUGAGCCUGUGCCGCCUGCUCGCCGCACGCGGCGUCGCCACCACGGUCAUCCUCACCGAGGAGUGGGUUGGUCUGGUUGGCGCAGCAGAGCCGCCCCUACCGGCGCGCGUCCGCUUGACCGCCAUCCCCAACGUCAUCCCCUCGGAGCACGGCCGCGCCGCCGACUACCCUGGCUUCUCCGACGCCGUUAACACCAGGAUGGAGGCCCCCGUGGAGCGGCUCCUCGAGCUCGAGGGGAUGCUGCAAUCACCGGAGAUGGCGGCCGUCGUGGUCGUGGCCGACUUGUUGUUGCAGUGGGUGGUGCCCAUGGCGUUGAGAAGGGGCGUGAAGGCCUGCACGUUCUGCCCCUUCUCCGCCACCAACUUCGCCGCCAUGUACCACUUCGAGCGCCUCAUGGCGGGCAGCAGCUUGGCCGUCGAGGAUCCGAUGUGGGAUCAGCCCAUCCCUGGUCAUGCUUGCUUAACAAUGCGCGAGGUUCAGCCGAUCUUGUCCGGCGAGGCCAGUCGAGGGCGAUUCAAGGCGAGAAUUCGCAGUGCCCGGGCAGGUCAGUGCGUGCUCUUCUCCUCGUUUUACGAGCUCGAAGCCGGCGUCAUGGACUCGCUCGUCUCCGACCCUUCGUCGCCCCGCGUGUACUCGAUUGGCCCCUGCAUCCCUUACACCACACUUGAAGAAGAACCGCGAGACGAGCACUCCUACUGGGCUUGGCUGGACACGCAGCCUGCAGGCUCCGUGUUGUACGUGUCGCUGGGCAGCUUCCUCUCGCUGCCGCCCUCCCAGCUCGCCGAGCUCGCCAUGGGGCUCGUCGCGAGCGACGUCAAGUUCCUGUGGGCGCUCCACGACCAAGCGCGCUCUCAGGUGCAGCCGCUGCUGGACGGCAACGGCGACGGGGUGCUCGUGCCGUGGUGCGACCAGCUCAAGGUGCUGUGCCAUCCUUCCGUUGGGGGUUUCCUGACGCACUGCGGCAUGAACUCUGUGCUGGAGGCGGUGUUUGCCGGCGUUCCGAUGCUCACCCUUCCCAUAGGCAUGGACCAGCCGACCAACAGCCGCCUGGUCGUCGACGUGUGGAAGAUUGGGUACAGCCUUAAAGAGAAGAUGCAGUCGGACGGCACCAUCACGAGGGAGCCGAUUGCUCGGGCCGUCGAGACGCUGAUGAGCUCCUCUGAUCUGCCAGAGAGCAAUGGGGUGAGGAGCAGAGCGCUCCUGUGGAGGGACGCUUCUCGUAGAGCCAUCCAAGAGGGUGGAUCUUCGUCCACUGACCUGAACUCUUUCUUAAGCUGUAUAUGA